UGGUGGGACACUCAUUUGGGUGGUGAAGACUUUGACAACCGUAUGGUAAACCACUUCAUUCAAGAGUUCAAGCGCAAGUACAAGAAAGAUCCAACUGAAAACAAACGUGCCCUUCGCCGACUUCGUACUGCUUGUGAACGUGCGAAGCGCACUUUAUCGUCCUCGACUCAGGCUAGUGUAGAAAUAGAUUCGUUGUUCGAGGGUAUAGACUUCUACACCUCUAUUACACGUGCGCGUUUCGAAGAGUUGUGCGCUGACUUGUUCCGUGGUACUCUAGAGCCUGUUGAGAAAUCUCUUCGAGACGCAAAAAUGGACAAAGCCCAGAUUCAUGAUAUAGUUCUUGUGGGAGGUUCUACUCGCAUCCCAAAGAUUCAGAAGCUUUUGCAAGAUUUCUUCAAUGGAAAGGAACUGAACAAGUCAAUUAAUCCAGAUGAAGCUGUAGCGUAUGGUGCAGCUGUUCAGGCUGCCAUUCUUUGUGGAGAUAAGUCUGAAGCUGUUCAGGACUUGCUCCUACUGGAUGUCACUCCUCUCUCCUUGGGUAUUGAAACUGCUGGGGGAGUGAUGACUGCUCUAAUUAAACGCAACACCACCAUUCCAACAAAGCAGACUCAGACUUUCACCACUUACUCGGAUACCAGCCGAGACCAGCAGGAAUACCGCGUGGACGGUUCCAAUUCAGACUUGUCGAGGCUGACAAACCUGCACAAUAAGUGA